AUGGCUAACUCCGGUUACGCCAAUGCUGGCAACUUGAAUGAUGCCAAAGAACUCCAGAAAAUGUUUAAGGGCCAGGGUAGCAGUAACAUCACCGCAAAGCCCAGAGGCAAGAGUAAGACAUUAGAAACCUUUCCACACCCGCAUCGUGGACCACCGCCUACUUCUACCAAUGUACCCCCUCCCAGUGCCCGCUACUAUACGGCCACUCUUUUGUCUGACCCUUUAAAGCGCGUGCCUGGAGCAAUUCUAGGGACAGCAACUCUAGCUUUCCUGAGUCGCCAAGAUUCAGCACCUCAAACGCCUACCAUUCCUGCCCAAACCGCCAAACCGCUCAUCGCAGAAAACCAGGCUCCUAUCAAGGCCCCUGCGACCGUCUCUGCUGGGGAGAUAAAGAGUGCGAACAAGGAAGAACAGUCUAAGGGGGUAGCCGCUAAGCCACCCGUCAUGGGAAACCAAGCUCCCGCGACUGUCUUCAGUGGAGAAAGAAAGCAGGUUACGACGGCCGUCUCUGCUGGGGAGAACUUGCAGGUUCCCGCGAUCGUCUCUACCGGGGAGGGAAAGCAGAUUCCCACGAUCGUCUCUACUGGAGAGACAAAGGUUGCGAACAAGGAAGGAGAGUCUAAGAAGAGCCUCGCAAGCAUGUUCUUUUCUCUAAUGUCGGGGGAUUCAGACGAGGACUCUGACGAAGAAUCGCCCGCUGUCAAAGUCAACGCCGAGGCUGUAAGCAAGUCCGCGACCACUGGUGUCAUCAAAUACUCAUCCGACGAGCUGCUGGAGCUGAAGGGAAAACUCCCCUUAGAGCCCGCAAAGAUAGUCUUACAGCAAAAGCAUCGGGGUAAGACCGAAUUAUCGCCUGAGGCGAUGGCUAACACAAGCCUUCGCCCAGAAGCCCCCGGUUUUAUACCAUCAGUGGCAGCUAAAAUGGCAGCCCAUCUGGCAAAUGAACCAAACAAGCCAGUUAAGGAUCGCAAGCCGACGAAAGGGCUGGGCUCGUCUAUGUGGGCCAAGUAA